AUAACGGGGGGUAACGGGCGGGGGCGGCGGCGCGGAGGGCAGCGGAAGCCCCUGGGCUUAGGAAGAGCCGCCCGAGCCGGGCGGGACCAGCGGGGGAGCCCUGCAGGCCUGCCCGGGCGCGGGGGCCGCUCCCCGGAGGCGCUACCUCAGGGCCCCCCCUCAGGGCUGCGGGAGGCCGCAGGGCCGCCCCCGCCCGGCCCCUCAACGCCGCUGCGCUCCCUCAGGGUCGGCGGGUGAGGGCCGUGCUCAGCGGGGGAGGCUCCAUGCCGAACGGGACAUCCUUGAAGCGUUCCCGGUUCCACUAAUGCCUUGCAGAGCUCUGGCCCUUAGUCCCCUAUGAGUUCAUCAGUGCUGCGUUCUGCUUCGCCCCAGGCAUUUAGCCCCAGUCACAAGAACAGCAUCAUUAAGAGGCAGAGGCAGGAACUCAAGCUUUUAAUUGCAGAACUGAAAGAUCGUGACAGGGAGCUCAAUGACAUGGUGGCAGUGCAUGAGAGACACAUCCAGGCCUGGGAAGAUGAUCGCCAAAAAAUCCUGGCUUUGGCAGAACGCUGCAGCUUAUUAACUAGUGAGCUGAACGAGAAAAAUGCAGUUAUAAAAUCACUGACCAAAAAGUUAAAGGUUUUAGAAACCCAGCAUAAUGACAGUAAGAUAACACUUGAAAACACACAACAGAAGUUCAAAGAGCUCACUCAGAAAGUAACAGAUUCAUCUCUUCAGUGCCAGGCUCUGGAGGAGAAAAAUCAGAGUCUCCACUGCUCUGUUUUGGAGCUGUCUGCUAAAACAGGCCAGCUGCAAGCGAGGGAACAGGAGCUUCUCACAAAGCUUCAGCUGAAGGACAAGGCCUUAAUUGAAACAACUGAUCAGAUUAGUGAGGUUACAUCUAAAUUUAAGACACUGGAGAGUGCACUGCGUGCAGCAACGUUGGAGGAAUUCAGUCGCACCAGAGAGCAGCAGGACCUCAAGCUGACACUGAAGGAUGUCCUGGUUCAAGUAAAUAAGAUGAAAGAUAUCCUCUCUGAAAAGAUGAAAGAAAGCAGCAAUCAGCAGGAAGAAAUCAGCCACCUGAAACACGAAAAUGGCUGCUUGAGGAGUGAGCUGUUACUGGCAGUGGAGGAAGCACAGAGAAAGGAUCAACUUUAUCAGUUUACCAAGUCUAAGCAAGUGAGGAUUGAAAAAGAAUUGUCCAGUUUGCGACAGGUCUGUGUAAAACAGCAGCGGGACUUACACUUCCUUCACAUCAACUUGGACAGCUCUGAUGACUCCAGGCAAAAGCAUGAAAAGGCAGCAAGGGGAAGGAGCACAGGGGCCACACUCUCUGCCUCUGAGAGCCCCAGCGAGACAGACAAGGGUAGGACUGAGGGCAGCCACGGGAUGGAGGAGCGUGGAACUGCACCAGUUCCAGCAAGUAGGGUAAAACCCAGCCCUGAGAUGUGUGAAGUAGAUAAUAGCCAGUUACUGAAUGCUUCAGACUCGGAGGAAACUGCCUCAGCGUCCUUAAACCAGAGUCAAAAAGUUGAGAAAGGCUUGGCCGGCCCUGCGGAAGAAGGAGAAAAGCAGGAUGUUGCAUCAAGCUUUGAUGAGCUAGACAGUGAAAAAUUCCAUGAGGCAAACAACACAAGGCCAUUGAGAAACAGGGAAAUUGGAGAGGAUGGAGUGAAAAGCAGAAACCGAAAAACCUUGGAGGUGCCUUUGCCUUCAUAUGAUCAAUGGCUUAACAUCAAAUCUCGUGCAGAUUUGCAAAGCACAAUGAUCCAGAACAACAUCACGUCUGACAAAACCAAUAAUGACAACAAAACCUGGGAAGACAGGUCUGACAUUGAGCCUGGCCAAAAAAGCAGAGAGACUCCUGUGACCUGCAAGUCUGAAUCUGAUUCCACUAUUUAUAACUUCAUUGUAAAUAAAGGUGAAUGGUGGAAGCCACUGUCAGAUCAGGAAUGGCUGGAGAUUUUCAAACCCAAAAAGAGAGAUAGAAAUGCGUGCCGUGGAAAAGAUUACAGCUGUUUGGGGACUGCACAGAUGAAAUGUACCUGCUCCAAAAGUGAAGGAAACAUGGAUCUGAAUUCCCUGCACGUGCCUUCUCCUCUAUUGACAUCCUCUCAGAAGAGCAACCUGACUCAAAGUUCUGAGGAGUUCUCUGAUGAAGAUUCCCCUCUGGACAUCAGUGACUUGGCAGUGACUAAACCAACAAAGAGAUACUCCGUGAAACCAGACACAAGCUCCCUGUUCUGGAAGCUGGAGCGUUCCCUGGCCCAGUCCCGACAGAUGCUGGCUGAGCUGGAGCGCAGCCUUCUCCACACGAGCCCUUCCUGCAUUGCCAACACCAACAACAUGAACAAGGUGAGAGAACUUGCAGGAACUCUUCACAGAAGCCAGUUACCUGCUGCAGAAGAAAGAGAUGCUAAGCUUCCUUUUUUUCUCUGUGAUGUUCCCUCAGCAUGAAGGUGUUUUCAGCUUGAUCUUUUUUGUUUGCUUCCUUCUUUAUAAAUGCAUCUGCAAUAUUAAUACACUUUAUGGAUUUUUGAGAUGGGCCUGGAACAGGAUUCUAAGUGCAUUUCCAAUAAAACUCUUGUGAGUACUGUAACAGCAAACAGAUACUGAGUCAGCAAGUAGUUCCUUUAGUCAAAUAAUUAAACUUUUCUCAAGCAUGUUCCUCAUUCCCGAGGCAGUGCAGGUCCUGCACUCUCCUUAUUAUAGUUAAAACCCUUCUGUGUGUUACAGAUAACAGGAUCAAGGAUGUGAACAUUGUUGAAUGAGAGAUUGGGAAGUUUUUUCCAGUGCCAAGGCCAAGGGCUGUUUUAGGAUACUGUUCCUGGGCUCAGAGCCCCAAAAGUAGAAUAUAUUGAAUAGAGCUGUUUCAAAAUACCCAGAGCAGCCCUGCCCACAGCAGAUUGGUUUUUUUCUUUUUGAAUCAGGAAAUUUCUCACUCUCUGAUUAUUUGUUCUCCUAUUGUGGCUUGGAUGCUUGCAAUAGGCACCACCUUGUCUGGUUCUAAGGACAAAAGAGUAACCAGAUAUGGUUGAAAUCUUCAACACCACAUGAAACUGAAUAAGGACCAGCAACAAUGAGGAGAAAAACUGGCAAAAAAAGAAAAAAGCAAUCUUCCAGUGCUGACACAACCCAAGUUGGUGCCUGCAAAGGGACGUUACCCCACAGCUGUGGGCUGUGACACUGUGUGACACCAGGUUUCUCAUGUGGGAGCUGUGCUCAGCUCUCUCUUGGCUAUUCCAGCUGCAGUCCCUGAGCUGUUUGUGCCCUGUGGAGCCAAACCUGCUGUGCCCUGGGCAGCCAGGCUGGUUUGCAGCAGCCUCGUGUUCUGCUGGUUCUGGAGACUCUGAGGCUUCUCUCAGAGCCUGUCAGGUCUGCAGAGUGCAGCUGAUGGGGCACUUGGAGGAAGCUGAGUAGCUGCAAUGCCAAACCUCCCUCUGUAAUAUUCCUGUGCACAGAGAGAGCUCUUCUUUUCCUAAAAAGAGCCCUGAGGUAAAAGCAGCCGGGGUUUUAUGGGUUGAAGGCAGCACUCUGACUUGCAUCCUGAAACCACUGAUGUUACAAAGCUUCAGGAGCAAAUCCCCAAAAGUGCUGAGCCCCGUGCUGAGGCAGCAGAGUGGGGAGAGCACGCUGAGCCUACAGAAAUAAUCACAUUUGCCUCAAGUGAGAAAGAGCUGGUGGAACAAACACCACAAUCCACUGUAGAUCCAUGACAAGAAUGAGUGGCUCUCCAAGCCACUGCCUAAUGCACUUCUUUUCAUUUUCUUUUUAUGUUAAAAAGCACUGAAUCACUAUGAUCAGUUAGGUCAGAAGAUGUGAAGCAGAACAGGUCCAGAAAUAACUAAACAUUUGUGCAGUUUCAUAUACAGAAGCGAUUGAAUUGAUUUUGGUUGUGUUUGUUUGGUUUUAAAUUGCUUUGAAACUCAUUUGAGGGCAGGUGCACUGACAAACAUCAGGGCAAUUUCCUCCCUGGCUGCCAGUGAUUUAGCCAUUCUCAUCAGUCACUUGCUUUUCCUCUAGAGAGAGUUUGGGUGGGGGGGAGUUGAAGAACUCAGGAGGAAAGCAGUGAGUAAAAGUGCUAUAUUCAGUUUUGGACACAGCAGCAUGUGCCACUGCUCAAAAGUGGUGACUCAGUGGCUGGCCUGGGGCACAAAGAUCACUCCUUUCCUCCAAAAAAAGAAAGAUUUUAUUUCCCAACACCCUGUGGUGGCCCUGAGACCGUUGCCUUUCUGUGAAGUACUUUGUUUACCUUUUCCUCUCUAUAUUUUUACUCUAUGUUCUUACUCUGUUUGCAGUGUGCAAAUGCGUGUAGUAAAUUCCUGUAAGUGUGGUUGCUUCAGAUAUUUCAGAGGAAAUGUUCCUGCUUAAUAAAAAUCUUUCCCA